GCUGCUUCGAGCUCCUCUCUGCGCGAGACGCGAGCUGAGGAGAAAUACCGUGGUUUCUCAAUGAUUUCCACGCAGUAAGGAGCGCAUUUCUGAGGCUGAACAGAUUUUUAUCCUCUUGAAUGGUUUACCUCAGCGGCUGUUAUCACAUACUCUGCUGUAUAUCUGAGGCGACGCGACAUUCCUGUGGACUUUUCUGAGGCGACGACGCGCUUUACUUCAGAGAAGUGUUUCUCCUUCAGGAUGCUGGGGGAGCUCCGCUUGACUACGCUCCAGUCUCUCCUGGCUGUGUGUCUGCUCUUCACCCUGGAACACAGCCUGGUGAGGGGUGACACAGUGGUGAACAUGCGUAAAGUGACACACCAGCGGGUGCAGGAGCCUCUAUCAGGUUCAGCCCUCCUGCCGUGUGUUUUCACUUUGAGCCCGAGUCCCUCACAUGAACCUCCUCGCAUCAAGUGGACCAAACUGUGGGGUCAGCGUGGCCCGGAUGGUCUCCAGAAGCAGCAGUCCAUCCUAGUGGCCAAAGACAACAUCAUUAAGGUGAAGAAAGCCUUUCAGGGUCGCGUCACCCUGCCGGGAUACCCAGAAAACCGCUACAAUGCCAGCUUGGUGCUGACAGGUCUGCGGUCCAGCGAUUCGGGGAUGUACCGCUGCGAGGUCGUGGUCGGCAUUAAUGAUGAACAAGAUACGGUGCCCCUUCAGGUCACGGGAGUGGUGUUUCAUUAUCGCGCUCCUCACAACCGUUACGCACUUUCCUUCUCCGACGCUAAAAGAGUGUGCGUGGAAAACUCAGCUAACAUCGCCACACCGGCUCAGCUUCAGGCCACAUUUGAUGACGGAUAUGACAACUGUGACGCCGGCUGGCUUUCUGACCACACCGUCAGGUAUCCCAUCCAGUCCCCUCGGCCGGGCUGUUUUGGUGACAGGGAGGAUUCGCCUGGCGUGAGGAACUACGGCACUCGAGCCCCCGAUGAGAUGUUCGAUGUGUACUGCUUUGCCAACAGUCUGCAAGGUGAAGUGUUCCACACAAGUGUGCCAGAGAAGUUGGGCUUGGCAUCUGCCUCCACUCACUGCCACACUCUGGGAGCUCAGCUAGCCACAGUCGGGCAGAUCUACCUUGCCUGGCAGGCUGGCCUAGACCGAUGUGACCCCGGCUGGCUGGCCGAUGGCAGUGUGCGCUACCCCAUCAACCUGCCACGGCGUAACUGCGGAGGGGAUGAACCAGGAGUACGAACUGUUUACCACAACCCCAACCGCACCGGCUUCCCGGACACUACUGAUCUCUUUGAUGCUUACUGCUAUCAAGAGAAGAAUUUCAAAGAGCAGGCGCCGAUACUUCAGAAGACCCUUGAAAACCCCAAUUUGAACUCUUCAAGCGGCGAAGAGGAGCAGCUCCAAAGAAACGGAGCCUUCCCCGAACCUUCAACUUGGACUGGUCUGGUUGACCUUGAGAAAGAAGAUUUUAAAUCCAUCAUAAACCAUGAAUCUUCUGAAAUUUCAGAGGAGCAUGUUGUAAUCCAUUUGGGACCCGAAGAAAGAUCUGUAGACUGGGAUGAAGAUCCUAAAGAGAAGCAGGAGAACCUUCAAGGGGGUUCAGCGAAAGAAGAGACUGAUGAUCCAGUGGGUCCUGAAGUAUCUCCUGACCCAUCCUCAACUACACCCUCUUCCUCUACACAAGCCCAGACCAGCAACAGUGUCAUUUCCACCAUUGUGAACACAAUAAUGAAACCAUUUAGAUACUGGGCCGGGACUGGAGAGCCUGAGACACCGGCUACAGAGUCCAGCCUCUACAGAGGAACCCCAGAAAUGAUCCCAUCUGCCAGAACGAAGCCAAGUAAAGGAAAAGCAAGCAAAGGAGCUGAUGAUAAUGCCAUAGUGGAGCCAAUUACUAAGGAAUAUUCCUACCAUCCUUCCUCUUCAGACCCAGAAGAAGAGCUCUUGGAGCAGGAGAAAGAGGUGGUCCUGGUGCAUGCACAGCAGGAGAUGAAGAGUUCAAGCAACUCUCACAUGGAUAUUCCAUAUUCAGAGACCUUCACAGACAGCUUCAGUGGACCACCCCAAGGAGCGAUUGAAUCAGGAACAGCGGAUCCAACUGCUAAGAGUUUCAGUCAGAUGAGGAGCAGCCAAAAUAUUUGGGCGCUAAAGUCCUCGAAGGGUGCUCCAAACAACAAUAGGCUUUUUAUAGCUCAAACAAGCAGUCCAAUGGAAGCCAAAAGAGGGGGGUUGGAGAUUAUGACCAUUCCUGUUUCCACAAACAACCCCGAAAACUUCUCCGGGGAAGGAAAAGACUUAAACGAGGAUGGUUAUUCAAUUCCCAAAAGUCCUCUGUCAGCAGAGAAUGAAAAAGAUGCAGAGGGAAGUGGAGGAAAGGACUUAUCGUUUACCCUUAACGGCCAAAUGAAAGGAUCUGAUGACCACGGUGUCCCACAGGAGACCACGGUCAAAUGGCAGCUCAUGAGUCUCCAAACGACUCAACCUUCUGGAGCAUCCAGUCCUUCAGAAACCAAACAUGUGGAACCGACCAGCACAGUUGAGGAGGCCAGGGGGGAAAUCAUGUACGUCCAUUGGCCCAUUGAAAAACGCAAAAACAGUCCCUCAAAUAAAGUCAACGUACCUUUUGUUCAACGGAAGCAAGAGCUGACACCAGAAGUACAAACCUUCGACACACCUACCACACCGAGUCCUGUGCAUCCCAUAGAGGACAAACUAACAAUUUCACCAACGCCUUCCCAACCUGUCGAAGAAACCACUACUGAAGACAUUUUGUGUACUCCUGAUCCAUCCAUCUCAAGCACAUGGUUACCUGUGGUUCAGGAGGAGGUCGAUGCACCACAACCAUCAGUUUCAUCAACAACAAUCACCCAAGCUGGACCUACGGCUCAACCGACUCCUCCUGAUCCAAAGGACGCUUCCCAGCAGGCCGAGUCCAGGUCUGGAGGCUCAGAGUCAUUCGUGUUGGCUCGUGGCUGGACUACGCCUAAAAUGGUUUCUGCAGAGGAGCCUUCAUCCCAGACUACAGGGAACCCUGAGAGAGACUCUACAAAUGCAGCUGUCGCAGGGUGGGAAAACAGCACCUCUAGAACUUCAGCAGAAGAUGAUCCCUGCCAGACCAACCCAUGCCUGCAUGGUGGGAGCUGUCUGACUGAAGGAGAGGGCUACAGUUGCCUUUGCCCUCAGGGCUAUUCAGGAGAGAGCUGUGAGAUCGAUAUUGAUGAUUGUCAGUCGAAUCCAUGUCAGAAUGGAGGAACCUGCAUUGAUGAGAUCAACUCUUUUGUGUGUCUGUGUUUGCCCAGUUAUGGAGGAGCCACUUGUGAGAAAGACACUGAGGGCUGUGAGCACAACUGGAGGAAGUUUCAUGGCCACUGCUACAGGUACUUCACCCGCAGACACACGUGGGAAGACGCAGAAAAGGACUGCAGAGAGCACAACGGUCACCUGGCUAGCAUCCAUUCCGCUCAAGAGCAGGAUUUCAUUAAUGGAAUGAGCCAUGAAAACACAUGGGUUGGUCUGAACGACAGGAUGGUUGAAGACGAUUUCCAGUGGACCGACAACAUGGACCUGCAAUAUGAGAACUGGAGGGAGAACCAGCCGGAUAAUUUCUUUGCGGGCGGCGAGGACUGCGUGGUGAUGAUCGCCCAUGAGAACGGCAAGUGGAACGAUGUGCCCUGCAACUACAACCUGCCCUACAUCUGCAAGAAAGGCACAGUACUAUGUGGAGCUCCACCCACCGUGGACAAUGCUUUCCUGAUUGGCCGGAAGCGUUCUCAUUAUGACAUUCACUCUGUGGUGCGUUACCAGUGCGGCGAUGGCUUUCUCCAGCGUCACGUCCCUACCGUCAAGUGUCGUGCGAAUGGCAAAUGGGACCGGCCCAAGAUCAUCUGCACGAAGUCACGGAGGUCUCACCGCUACAGACGCCACCACCACAAGUCCCACCACGAGCGCAGAAAGCACAAGAGGCACGGCUCAGGAGGAGGCCAUCGAGGUCAACAGGAGGGUCACGGCCAUUUCUAACCAAAUAAUCCCCCUCCGUUUGCGCCAGCCUUUCACCUCAACCUCCUUAUCUUUGAUAUCCGACGGCCUUUCACCUUUUCCCCCCUUCUCGUCCGGCUCAGUCGACCCCAUUUACGAUCAUCAGCGAGGGGAACUGCUGGACCUUACAAGGACUAUAACGGUUUUACUUUUCUGUCUUUUUAUUAUCGUUAAUGUUCCAUCGCAUUUUAGUGGAUCAGUCACGAGGAAAGUUCUUUCGUACGUUCAAUGUAGAAAACACUCUAGGUAACUGUUUAUGUAUUUUUACAUAAGCAUUAAUUGAGAUGGGUGGGUUGGUACUACUUGUAAAUAUUGUACUUCAUUUCAAAUCAAAACGGACUGGAAAUGCCCAGCAUCUUACGAUCGUGCACCGUUUCUUGACCGUUUUGACAUUUGUUUGCUCUUUGUAUGACUUUGACCUGAUUUCUACAGUAUUUCUGAGUAUUGAUGUGUUUUGGGUUGCGAGGAGUGGUGCUCAUUAUUAUUUUUAUCAUAUUUAUACUGUUCAAGUGCAAAAGGAGUUGAGGAAUGGCUAUAUGAGGAGUCAUGUUUAAAAUGAUAAAAAAGUACCAUAAAUUAGUUUGAUCAAUUUGGCAACAUCAAAAGCUGUACACUAUAUUUGUGCUAAAAACAAACAAAAGUCAAUGAAAGUUUAUUAAAAGUCUGGCAACCUGACAACAAGUUAAUCACUCACAG